AUGGGCCCAACCAAAAUCACUCCCGAGGAUCAGGCGUUCAAUAUAAACUUUGUGGGUGAAGUGAAGAAACAUCCGUGCCUGUUCGACAGCGGGAAUCCGGACUACAAGCAGCAAGUGCUACAGGACCGAGCCUGGUUGGAGGUAUCGAACUCCGUCGGAGAAAGCGCAGAGACAUGCAAGAAGCGUUGGCGCAAUUUGCGUUGCUGCAUGACCCGCUACCAGAAAUCGGUACGUGACAGCAGCGACCAAGCAGCGAAUGCACGGCGAAAACCGUACUAUCUGUACAAUCACAUGCAGUUCGUGCUGCCCCAUCUGAAGGCACGGGAGGAAUCCAAUGCCUAUGAACCGGACGAACCAUCAUGGGCGAAGGCAGAGAGCGAAUCAAUCAGCGAAAGUAAACACGACGAUGAAGACGAUGAAAUGGAACCACACGAGAUCGAGACGAUCGAAGUGCCGGAGGAAGACCAUAGUGAGCAAAUUAAGGAUAGUAUCCUAAAUUCCAUAAAGAUCGUACCAAUAGGGCAAGAACCACAGACAGUAGGCGGGCAGGAGCAGCAACAGAACGUUCUGGAAGCGAGCGAAACCAAUUCAGCCAACCAGACGGCGUAUGAAAUAAUUGCGGCUCCACCGCUCAAACAAUCCCGGCUGUCCAAUACACACACCAGUGUUGAUUCUGUCAGUCCGGUCGCCGUAAGCCCGUUGCAAACGGCGGGAUCUGAUUCCAAACGAGACAUACUCGGGCAGCGGCAAUACUUUACACUAACGAGCACACCGAUCCAAUCCGCCAACAUCCCAAUAUCCUGCUACACCACUACACCGCUCUCGUCCCAAGCGCUCCAUCAGCAGCAGCAGCAGCAGCAUCAACCGACGAUUUCCCAGCCACAGCUGCAAACGUCGCCACAUUUCACCAUCAUUCCCAACACCACACCGACAAUGGCCAACGAUGCGGAUCACAAUUUCUUCCAAAGUCUCGUUCCCGACAUUCAGACGAUGACUAUGGAACAGAAAAGAAAGCUCAAAAUUGGCAUCCUGCAACUGAUAGACAAAAUUCUUAAUACGUAA